AUGGCGGUAGACACUAGCUACCUGACCACUCAGGUCAACAACAUCGUCGAACAGCUACACGGAAUCUACGAUGAGAUCGGCGUUCCCGCGCGUGAGCGCGACUCGCGCGAAGCGGAGCUCUUCAGUGCACUAUCAGAGACCCUGAACAACCACCUAAAGGUGGUAGACGAGGAGAGGGAGGAUAUGACACAAGAAGCGGAGCGCCUGAUUACAGCUAUUCAGCAAAUGGAAUCAUCCUUGAGUGAUGAAAGGGCCAAUGGUCAAUACGAACUUAAUCGCGACGACCUUCGUGUCACUUUCCCGCUCAACCGUUGUAUCGCAUUCUUGCGCGAAAAGAACGACGCCAUGAGCAAGCUCCAUCGUGAGCGCUUUGAGCAAGUCAGGAAACUUGUUGACGCGCUUGAGUCUUACUCUUCCCAUCUCGAACCGUCAUUCGUUAAGCUUGAGCUCCCCCCAACUGAGCCGGGCUCAUCGAUUCCACCAAGCUUUGACCUAUCACCGAUGUAUGUCACCGCAUUAGACGCUGAAUUCACUCACGUCUACGAAGAGUAUCACCGUCGCGUGGCCCAAGUACAAUCUGCCUGUGAGGAGAUGAUCAAGCUCUGGGCUGAGCUCGGAACUCCUCAAGCCCAAACAGAUUCCACCAUCGUCAAGUGCUAUCGCGAAUCACCUGAACAGCUUGGUCUACACGAAUCGGACGUUGCGAACCUCCUUACCAAGCGCAACAAGUUACUCGAGGAAAAAAAGGCGCGUGAACGCAAAAUUACGGAGCUUCGAGCGACUGUCGUUUCCUUGUGGGAUCGAUUUGGCGUUGAACAAGCUGAUCGCAAAGCGUUCCUUACUGCGAACCGUGGCUGCGGUCUUCGCACAAUCAACGACCUUGAAGAAGAGUUAACUCGCCUGAACGAGCUCAAGCGCCAGAAUCUCCAUUUGUUUGUCGAAGAUGCUCGCUGUCGACUUCAAGAGUUAUGGGAUACUCUAUUCUUCUCCGAGGAAGAGAUGCUCGAUUUCACUCCCGCGUUCUCUGACGUCUGUAGCGAUGCCUUACUUGAAGCCCACGAGGCUGAGAUUGUUCGACUGGAGACUCUCAAAGAGCAGCGGGCCCCUACUUUGGAGAUGAUCGAUCGACACCGCACUCUCCUAACAGAUCGCGAGGCGCUUGCAACUUCAAGCCAGGACGCUUCUCGCUUGAUGGGCCGUGGAAACAAGGGAGAGAAGCGAGACCCCGGCAAGCUUUUGAGAGAAGAGAAGCUCCGGAAGAGAAUUGCAAAAGAACUUCCCAAGCUCGAAGCCGACCUACGCAAAGAACUCGAAUACUGGGAAGACGAAUUUGGUCGGCCAUUCCUUGUUCACGGAGAGCGAUAUCUUGAUGCUUUGACACCUGUCCGGGCAAUGCCCCCGCCUCGCUCAAAGACUCCCUCUGCGCCGCCAUCUACCAUCAAGUCAAACACAAUGAGGCAACAACCUCCUCCCCGACCUGGAAGCUCACUGAGAGGACCUCCUCCUCCACGUUCAGCAACCAAAACCCCAACCAGUGCUGGCCCAAUUAAGCAUAACACCAUUGGAUACGCUGCUUCUCGCUCUGGGGCUACUUCUCGUGCAGGAGCCACAUCGCCUUCCAAGCUGCCUGCUCGUGUUCCAUUGGGAAACAUGCCCCAAGGUAACAACUCCCCUGAGCGCCGUGCCAAACCAGGUGCCUAUUCUUCCAGCACACUUAAUGGCAAGAUGCCUCCCCCUCGAGGGCCUCCCCCACGGAUGCGUGCUUUGACCGUGGAGUCUAGAGAAGAUCGUUUCAGUCACCUCAUGGAGCCCCCUCGCUGCAACAGUGCUAUGUCUAGCGCCUAUGUUCGACCCGUCAGUCCCGAAGAUGUCUACGAUGAUCGCCAACGAUCUUUCAUGAGCACCUCAGGUUUCUCAAAUUCGCAAAGAUCCACUGGGUUCUCCCAUUCAUCUCACUCCUCCCAUUCAUCUUUGUCUUUGAACAACGCUGCUCAGAACUUCCCACGACCUAACCCCUAUCUUCAACACGCAGCUCCACCUCCAGCUGCUCGACAGGUCUCUAAUUCAUCCACAGUCAACACUGCCACCUCCGGGUCUGAAAAUUGGGAGACUUUCGAGGAUGGUUCGGAAUCAGAGGCCGACCCCAGUGACAUUUACUUCUCCAAGCUUCGCACUGUAUCUGGAGGCAAACGAUUUGCACCCGAGGACGGUUCCGAUCUGAUCGGCAAAAAGGCCAAGGGCAUUCGGAGUGUGAGUCCAGAGGGUCCGCAUCCCGGGCAGGUCCUGCGCGUUGCUGGAAGUGACACUGAAUGGGCCGACGACUACGAAACUUAUUAA